CAGUACGGCUGCGCCUUCGGAUAAUGAAAAGGCUGAAGCUGAGCCGGGGAUUACAGUGAUGCUACCAGCUAAUGCCUUCAGGUUAAAACAGUGACCUUACAGAUGUACCAGUGGAACUGCUGCAAGAAUUUUCUUCUCAGUGUGUCUUCUCUACAAGGAAUAAUGAUGGUUUUGACUGAACAGCGAAACAGUAGAUGCUGGAGGGAGAGGCCCCAUUGGAACUGGAGGUGAUGAGAGCAACCAAAGGACUCUGAGAGAACCACCAUGGCUUCCCAACUCUUGGCUUGUCUCUCCAGCUUGCCCAUUGCAGUGGUCUAUGGGUCCUUAUCGCUCUUCAUUUCCAUUUUGCACAAUGUGUUUCUCCUCUACUAUGUGGACACCUUUGUUUCUGUUUACAAGAUUGAUAAACUUUCCUUUUGGAUUGGGGAGACUGUGUUUCUGAUCUGGAACAGUCUCAAUGAUCCUCUCUUUGGCUGGUUGAGUGACCGGGCUUUCCUUAGCACACAGCAGUCUGGAAUAGAGAUAUCCUCUCCAGAAGUGGUGUUGAAGAGACUCAAGGCCCUAAACCGAAAUGGCCCCCUUUUUGCUUUGUCCUUCCUGGCUUUCUGGAUUGCAUGGGCUCACCCAGGUUUACAGUUUCUCAUCUGCCUCUGCUUGUAUGACAGUUUCCUCACCAUGGUGGAUCUCAACCAGAACGCCUUGCUUGCUGACCUUGCUGUGUCUGCAAAGGACAGGACUGGGCUCAACUUCUACUCAUCGCUCUUCAGUGCCAUUGGCUCCCUCUCAGUCUUCAUGUCCUAUGCUGUGUGGAACAAGGAGGACUUCUUCUCUUUCCGGAUAUUUUGUGUGGCACUGGCUCUUGCUUCAGGAGUUGGCUUCACCAUGGCCACGUGGCUGCUGAGGCAAAGGUUUCAGAGUGACGGGCGAGUAAAAUGGGAUGAAAGAGCAGCUUUAAAAGAACUCUAUGUAGACAAGCCUUCUGUGCAGCAGGAGAAGAGAAUCACUCUGGCAGACUAUCUCAAACAGCUCUCUAGGCAUCGCAACUUCCUCUGGUUUGUGUCAAUGAACCUUAUACAGGUUUUUCACUGCCACUUCAACAGCAACUUCUUCCCUCUCUUCCUGGAACAUCUGCUGUCAGAUCGUAUCUCUCUCUCCAUGGGAUCAUUUCUGCUGGGAGUUUCCUACGUAGCUCCUCAUCUCAACAACCUGUAUUUCUUGUCUCUUUGUCGGAGGUGGGGUGUGUAUGCUGUGGUGCGGGGGCUCUUCUUCCUGAAGCUGUUACUCAGUGUGAUUAUGCUCCUCGCUGGACCAGACUGGAUGUACCUGCUCUGUUUCUUUAUAGCUAGUAACCGUGUGUUUACUGAAGGAACAUGCAAGCUGUUGAACCUCGUGGUCACUGACUUGGUAGAUGAAGACUUGGUGCUGAAUCAGAGACAGCAGGCUGCCUCAGCCCUCUUGUUUGGCAUGGUUGCCCUGGUAACAAAGCCUGGCCAGACCUUUGCCCCACUGAUUGGCACCUGGCUACUGUGUGCUUACACAGGUUAUGACAUUUUUCAGCGGGAUCCUUUGAACAAAGUGGUGAGUGCUCAGCCCAAGUUGGCUUCCAAUGUGGCCUGGGAACCAACUCUUCGUCAGGGCUGCUUCUACCUUCUUGUAUUUGUCCCCAUCACGUGUGCAUUACUUCAGCUCUUCAGCUGGUCACAAUUCAACCUACAUGGAAGGCGCCUCCAAAUGGUGAAAUCUCAGCGUCAGAACUUAACAGAGAACUGGUCUCAAGAGAUCAAAACAAUUUAAUUUCCAGCGGGAGUCAACAGCCAGUGAUACUUCUCCAUAGGGACUUUGUAUGAUAAAUUCAUUAAAUGGGGGGAAGAUCCAGCUACUAAUAUGGCAUUGCUGCUGUUUUGGCACUUAAAACUACAGAUGAUGUUCAGGGAUCUAAUAUCUAAUCUCCUAAUGUGUAGCUGAUCCUCAAAAAGCAGCUUUGGGGAAGAAUUGGGACCAUGGCACUAGGAAAGAGGUAUUAAUCCCCCCAUGCCUCUCCCCAAAUAAAACUAGCCCUCCUCCAAGCUGCUUUUUGAGGCUAAAUUACAACUUGGGGUAGUCUAAUCACAGAUCCUACUGUGGCAUAUUUUAGUCUAGAGAGGAAAAAGAGUAAGUUGAUGCCUUAUUGAGCCAGCUUUGAUUAAUGAAGAAACAUGGAAGCUUCUGAGGUUAGUUUGAAUUUCCUUCAGGACACAUCUAAGCAUUGGAGUUAGCCGUGCUAGCAUUGAAGAGUGCUUGGGAACUCAAAAGCUUGCAUCACUACUCAUAAAUACAUAUUCGUUCCAAAAAUUCCAACAGCCUACCUUUUAAAAAAAAUCUCUGCUAAUUGAAUCAGUAUUUACACUUUUCUGGUUGCAACUGAUUGUGAAGAAGAGUAGCCAGAUUACUGUCAAGGGAACAAACCAUGUAUUAUUGAGAACAGGAAGACAUUUUGAGACCUGCUACCCCAUUUUCUCCAGCUCUUUGUAUACAAUCUUGUCCUGACUUUCCUUCAGUCCUUACAAUUCUUUUAUUGUGGACUUAUUUUUCAGUCAAUCAUCCUUUUAUUUCUCCCUCUUAGCACAAAAUUACCCAGCUUUCAUCAAAAGGGGGUUGAUUCACUAAAGAAGAAUAGCAUAUUGGAUACUGGAAGAGGCUCGCCCUUUAAGGAAACUGUACUUACACUCUAAAUUGAGAGAACUAUCAUACUAAUUUCUUGUCAAGAGAGCACAGGAAACUGCAUUGCUAGGCCCUGGCAGUUACCUUUGUACUAAAAAGGUAGGCUCUGUAGUGGUUGGAGGACUGUGUUAGUGGGAGGGAUUCAAGAGAGCUACCUGGUAACACCAAGUUUGGUAGGACAACUGGCCCAAUCUUGGGUGAAGCAUGUUCUGAGACUACAGUCCUCAAAAACUAUUUUUUCUAGGGAGAAAGUGGCAUCUUUCUUUGGAUGAUACUCAUUAGAAGGUAUUUACUGGCAUGUAGUCCUUAAUUUUUCACAUACUUGUCAACAGUGAGAGCUCUAGGGCAUCUUUCUGGUGAUCUGUGGAACUAAAUAAAGGUCUGUCUUCUAUAUGUCUGGGAUGAUUCUGAGGUAGCACUGGUCCCCAUCUGUUCAUAGCACUCGAUGGCAUAGCCAGCUUACUACACCUAGCAUUAGUGUAGGAAAAAUUCCUCCAUUUUCCAGAACAAUGUGCUGUUUUGAAUCAGAAUGAGUUGUUUUUAAGUGGAAAUGUCUUCAAAAUUGAUUGGAAGAAAUGACUGGUGAUCUCAGCCUAGACCUAAGUUUGGGGACAUAACCUAAGGUCUAGCAGCUAUGGUCAAAAGAGGCUCAUUGUGUAACUUCCUUAAUCCAUGAGAGUUACUGGUUGAUUUACUGGCAUUUCACCUCUGCAAAUCAAGAGUGCUAAACAAAAAUCCAAACUGUUGCUUUCUUCCUCACUAUCUGAUCUUUCUGACGAGUCGUGAGAGAAGCUGGGACAGGGCCAGGCUUCCCUGAAAUCAUGGCUUUGUCUCCAGGGAGCAGAAACCACAUCCUGCCCUGGAUAAGCAAUGAACCAAUAAGGCAUGUUCAAGGGUGCAGGCAGAAGCUUGUGAAUCAGUUACUGACUUCCCUUGAGCUUUCACAGUUUCUGUUGGCUGUUGAGGUAGAGAAGGAAAGAAAUGUGGCCAAAGUUCUCUCACCUUCCUGUUGCAGAAAUAAAAAUCUGGUGUCCCUUGGCCCAAGUUGCUGGUUGUUUUGGGUGCUGAAGCAGCAGGUGCACCAUUGCUGUGUUGAACGGGUUACCAAGCCACUUACUGCUUUUAACUGCCAUUUUGCCUUUAGAGUGGCAGAAGAAAUGAUGUUUACUAUCAAAAGCCUUUUGUAUCAUUUGAUGAUCACAUUGUAAUUAUUAUUCUAAUUUAACAAGCCAUGUGCAUUAUUCCUCAUUUCAUAAAAAACACAUUCCU